AUGUAUGAGGCGGCAGAACAGCAACUGGCACUUGUAAGCCGAAAAACACAACACCUCCGUGGUUUAUUACAACAACAAAUAGACGCCUUGAAACAAUUACGGCAGGAACGCACUGCAGCCGUUAAUGAACGUGAUGAACUCCGUCGGCAAUUACAACAGGCCGAACAGCGAGCAGCUCUGGCGGAGUCUACACAUCAGGAAGCCGAAGAGUGUUUGCGGAAAACCGCAGAGGAGUUCGCGGCCACGCAACUCCUGCAGAAACGGUAUAGUAACACACUCGCGGCAUUAGAUAGACGACAACGAUCGCUGGUGCGGGUGGUGGGCGCCGCCACUCAACAGGAGAACUCCACACUAAAUGAAUCUACAUCUAAACUAGAAAAAGAAGAAAAAGGAAAAGAAGAAAAAGAAAGAAAAGAAUCAACUGCGGCUGCUAUUACAGUGACGGAUGAAUGUACUGUAGUGGAGUUGGAGCGGCGGCGUACAUUUGUGGUAGAUGUGGCCUGCACAGCACCAUCACUCCGGCAACGAAUGGGAAUAGGGAAUUACUCAUUAUCAUCUAAUAUUAAUACUAACAGUAUUAGUAGUAAUGGAGAUAAUAAUAAUAAUAAUAAUAAUAAUAAUAAUAAUAAUAAUAAUAAUAAUAAUAAUAAUAAUAAUAAUAAUAAUAAUAAUAUUCUUCCAUUGGUCUCACUAACAGAUGAGGAGCUUUUCUCUGCAAUUCAAAUGGAUCAAGUAAUUGAAGAUGUCCUCUCAGGUGUGAAUACUGUUUUUCUCUCUUUUGGUCCUGCGGGUGGUGGAAAGACGGAAAUGUUGUUUGGCACUAAAGCCUCUAUCGUUGCGUAUGAAGGCCGACAGCAAUUUUCCCGUAAUGCCGGUUUAUCGGCUUCUCGUGGGCGGUUCUCCUCAUCUUCGACGGUAUCCACACCGGCAGGGAUGAGCCAUGAAGGAUCUACAGCUGGUCUUCUUUCUAUAUUUACACAUGGACUAUUUAAUAGUCUGGUUUCACAGGCUGUAACGCAUUUUAAUAUUCGUUGCAGUUUUGCAGAGUUUGCAAUGAAUCAAACUGUUGAUCUUCUACUUAAGCAUUCCGGGGGAAGAUAUUCAUCGGCUUUUGGUAUUGGUGGAAAUAGUAUCUAUAGUGGUGGUAAUAGUAAUAGUAAUAAUGGUAAUGGUAAUAAUGGGAAGAGUGCAGUGAUGAUGAAAACAAUUUCAGCGGUUGCUGGUGGGGAAUCACACAUAAUGCCCAUCUCAUGCGGUGGUGUGAGUGAAGAAGUGACGAGUGUGAAAGUAGAGAAUGCGGAUGAGGCCAUGCAAGUCUUCUUUAGUGGAAUUGAGCGAUUAGGACGUUGGCGAAGUGCUGUUACUACUAAUAAUACUACUAAUAAUAAUAAUACUAAUAAUAAUAAUACUAAUACUAAUAAUACUAAUAAUGGUUCCUCAUAUAUACAUACAAGGAAUGGGGAUUCUAUACCGGGAGUGUCUGCAACCCACACGGGUGGUGUAUCCCACGCGGUGUUUACACUCACAGUGGAGAGUUUUAACACGAAAGGACAUUAUCGACGGGCCGUCGUCUCAUUUGUAGAUCUCUGUGGUCCACCAACAACAAUAUCAACAACAACAACAAUAGUAACGCCAAAGACAGCAGAGGAAGAAUGGGUGGAGGAGUCUAUACAAUCUUUGUGUGAUGCUAUUGCUGCCACUUCUAGUAUUAAACGGCAUACAUCCCAUAAAAACAAUCUCCACCAUAACGAUAACUCUCAUAAUAGGAAAAGUAAUAGUGAUAUCGAUAAUUCUACGAUAAGUGAUGCUCAACGUGCGGCUGCUGUCUUUGAUCGUCUCCCUGGAAGUCAUUCCAAUUGUAUGAUGCGUUUUCUCCGUCCCAUAUUUGGCGGUAAUGCAAAGGCGGUGCUUGUCUGUUGUGUAGAUGCGAAACAACAUACAAAAGAACAGCUGCUGAAUUCAUUGAGUUAUGCUUAUUUCUUUAAACGUAUUCAGCAUCAAGCCACACCGUAUGAUAUCCCACCCGAGCUCCAGCGGCUUAAUUUACAAAUGAAUGCCUUUCUUUCCGGUGGAGAUGACAGUGAUGGGGAUAACGAGAAUUACAGUAGUGGUAAUAUUAUUAAUAAUAUUUAA